AUGGGCGGACGACGGUCUAGAUCGGGCAGAGCCGCAGCCAAGCGAGCUUCUGCAGCCCUUCAAAGCACACCCAGGGCCUUCGAGGGCAUCGACGAUGACGAGCCCGUUCCCGAGGCUGUCGAAUCCGAGCCUGACGUCGACGCACCCCCCGAAGACGACGAGGACGAAGACAUGGAGGAGCCGAAGGCCGAUGAGUCCGGCGAGGAGGAUGCGGCCGACGAAGACGGAGAAGAUGAGCCCGCUAAUGACGACGGAGAGGACUCCGAGCCCUCGGCCAAAGAACCCACGCCCCCCUCCGAACCCGUCAUCCGCCGCAAGCGACUCGGAAGACCACCCAAGAACAAGCCCCCUGGCUGGGACAACAUGAUCACCGUACCUGCCUCCGAGGCCGACACGCCGCGCCGCAGAGGUCGCGGUGGCUGGCGCGGCAGGGGUGGCCGCAGACCACAGCCCGGUCAGGCGCCGCCGAAGCUGAAGCAGACCAUCGACAAGGAGGGUACAGAGGUCGAUAUCGUGGACGACGAGUGCGUCCUCCCCGAGGACCCAGAGGGCGAGACAAAGGUCGACAAGAAUGGCAACCUCCUCGGCGGCCGGCAGUACCGAUGCCGUACGUUUACCGUGAAGGACCGCGGAGAGAGGCAGUACAUGUUGUCGACGGAGCCGGCGCGUUGCGUGGGUUUCAGGGACAGUUACCUGUUCUUCAACAAACACCCCAAGCUGUACAAGAUCAUUGUCAGCGACGAGGAGAAGAUGGACAUGAUUGAGCGCAACAUCAUGCCGCACUCAUACAAGGGCCGUGCCAUUGGUAUCGUCACUGCGCGGUCUGUGUUCAGGGAGUUUGGCGCCCGUAUCGUUGUCGGCGGACGGAACAUUAUCGAUGACUACCGUGUUGCGGACCAGCGCGCGGCGGGUGUUGUGGAGGGCGAGAUCGCGGACCCCAGCGAUGUGUUCGAUCCCUCUCAGCCGUAUAACUCGAAUCAGUACGUCGCGUGGUUCGGUGCAAGUGCGGUGUACCAUACGAAUCAGACGCCAGCGGCAUCGGAUCCGCUGGCUGGGUUGACGGAGGUGAAGAAGAAGCGGGUGAAUGUCAAUGAUACCAACUGGCAGUUGGAGCACGCACGUGCAGCGAGCGAGUUCAACUCCCGCCUCAACGCCAUCCGCAUGCUCAACCUCCAGAAGGGAGCCUACGACAUCCACACAAACAUCAUGCAACAACCAGUCAACACCCAACCCACCCGCGCACGGGUCGAGCGGGUCGACCCCGACAAGGCCGCAGACACCAACUCGUCCUUCCCCGCCGUCACGCCCGCGAUCCAGCGCAACUUCAACGUCGUCGACAUAGUAUACGAGACGCCCCGCGCCGGCAUCCAGAGCGCCGGCAAGCGCCCCGCCGACGUCCCCGACUUCCUCAAGCCCUUCAACGGCAUCCUCGCCAUCGGCGACGACCUCAAGGCCCUGCUCCCCGCCGAGUGCCGCGAGAGCCUGGAGCGGCACCAGACCGAGCAGCGCGAGUUCGAGGGCCGGUUCGGCGACGAGAAGGACGUCAUGGCUAGAGGCGGGCUCCUGAUCGACAAGGCCAUCGUUCCGCAGAGCAAACACGCCUAG